GGCAAGCGCCCCUUUCAAAGAUUGGACACAGUGGUAACAAGAGCGUCGCGAUUGGUCGUUCGCCAUGCAGAGGCGGGGCCUGAUUCCUGCAUCUGGGCCUCCGAGACACCGCCAAAGCCAGAGAAGCGGCACCUGGGGGCGAUGGCCACACCAAGCCUUAGGUCCCACGAGAUCCCGGCCCACUCCCAGGAGGCUGGAAACAAGUCCAUUUCCUCAGGGAGCCGCCGAGGCCUUCUUUGGCCCCUCCGAGCCAGGCAGUCUAGAGUUGGCCUGUUUGAGGUCGGUCCAGGACAUGAACUGCAUAGAAUGACACGAAUGAUGCAGGAAGGGCUGUGGGCUGCCACCCAGGUCUCCAAGAACAACCCACCCAUGGGACCUACUACCCAGAAGGAUUACCUGGAAGUCAUGACCCAAGUUCACGAAGAGGGCUUCGAGCUGGGCACCUUGGCUGGCCCGGCUUUUGCACGGCUGAGGCAAUCCAUUGGCCUGACUGAAGAGGACUACCAGGCUACUCUUGGCCCUGGUGAUCCCUACCUUCAAUUCUUCAGCACCUCCAAAAGCAAGGCCAGCUUCUUCCUGACCCACGACCAGCGCUUCUUUGUGAAGACCCAACGGCGCCACGAAGUGCAGGUGCUGCUUGCCCACCUGCCCCGCUACGUGGAGCACCUGCAGCAGUACCCACACUCCCUGCUGGCACGGUUGCUGGGCAUAUACAGUCUGCGGGUAGCUCAGGGGAAAAAGAAGUACUUCAUCAUCAUGCAGUGCAUCUUCUACCCUACCAGCCGCAUCUCUGAGAGGUAUGACAUCAAGGGCUGCAACGUAAGCCGCUGGGUAGAUCCAGCUCCUGAGGGCAGCCCCCUUGUCUUGGUGCUGAAGGACCUCAACUUUCAAGAAAAGACCAUGAGAUUGGGAGCCCAGCGGAGCUGGUUCCUCCGGCAGAUGGAGCUAGACACCGCCUUCCUGCGGGAGGUGAAUGUACUGGAUUACAGCCUCCUGGUGGCCAUCCAGUUUCUCCACGAAGAUGAGAAGGGCGAUCACCACUCCGUCUUCAGCACCUUCAAGUCCAUACAAGGUGCGUCGACGUCGAAGGGAACGGGGGACCAGAACUGCCGGAUACUGCCCGACCUUCCCAAUGCCCUCCAUAUCUUGGACGGGCCAGACCAACGCUAUUUUCUGGGCUUAGUGGAUUUGACUACCGUGUAUGGGUUUCGCAAACGGCUGGAACAUCUGUGGAAGAUGGUACGCUAUCCAGGGCAGAGCGUCUCCACUGUCAGCCCGGCUCACUAUGCCCGUCGCCUCUGUCGGUGGGCAGAGGUGCACACAGAGUGACUCUCACCUGUCUGCCUUCUUCCCUUAUGGACAAUGCGCCCGCAACUAUUCUCCAGCUGUACCCAGGGAGCUAGCCUGCAGUUCAUCCUACCAGCCACCAGAGGGAAGCACCCUCAUAACUAAUGCUGUGAAGACUCAGCCCCAUUCGGUGACGGUGCUGUACCCUGCAUAGAGCAAGGACCCUGACCCCAACCCUUAGCUCAUUUACUAUUAAAAAAUGUUGAUAUUCUCUUUUUACAGA